GAACACGUGCGUUUAGAGUGUGUUUUUUUCACGUGUGGAUCCAUGGUAUUGAUGCUUGAAAGAUCAGUUGCAACGUCUUAGAAAAUAUGAAGUUUGCGUACAAGUUUUCAAACUUAUUAGGGGCAUUUUAUCGCCAAGGGAACAUAUCUUUCUCUAAAAAUGGGGAUUCUGUCAUCAGUCCUGUAGGCAACCGCAUCUCCGUCUUUGAUCUGAAAAAUAACAAGUCAGAAACCUUACCGGUGUCCACCUCAAAGAACAUUGCUUGUUUUGACAUCUCUCCAGACGGAAAUCUUGCUAUACUAAUAGAUGAAGAUGGAGCGGCAAUACUGGUUAGCUUGGUCACUCGGGCAGUACUUCACCAUCAUCACUUCCAUAAUCCUGUUCAUAAUGUUUCCUUUUCCCCUGAUGGAAGGAAGUUUGUGGUAACAAAGGAGAAUGUGGCUCUAAUGUAUCAUGCACCGGGAAGAAACAAAGAAUUUAAUGCAUUUGCAUUAAACAAGACUUUUUAUGGACCAUUUGAUGAAAUGACUUGUAUUGACUGGACAGACGAUUCGAAGUGCUUUGCUGUUGGAAGUAAGGACAUGACAACCUGGAUCUUUGGGGCAGAAAGAUGGGCAAAUCUCAUCUACUACUCACUUGGUGGUCAUAAGGACAUCAUAGUGGGCUGUUUCUUUGAAAAAGACAGCUUGGAUAUGUACACAGUAAGUCAGGAAGGCACUUUAUGUAUAUGGGAAAGUGACACUGAUCUAGAAGGCUUACGAAAGGGCCCAAAAUACGCUGAGAGAAAGGAAAAGGAGCAGAAAAAACUGAGAGUUUUAGAAAUGGAGGAAGAUGAAGCUAAUGACAUUGAGAUUAUGGGGGAGGAUGGAGAGACCAGAGGAGAUGUCAUCAAAGGAAGUGCCGAAACACCUGAAGAAGUGGAAGGCAUAAAAAAUGUUCGUUAUUUACAGAAAAGCAAAUACUAUUUUAACAAAGAAGGGGAUUUCAACAAACUGACAGCUGCCGCCUUUCACAAGAGAACACACAUACUUGUGACAGGGUUUGCAUCUGGAGCUUUUCACCUGCAUGAAUUGCCAGGUUUUGACCUCAUUCACUCACUCAGCAUUUCAGAUCAGAGGAUUUCGGCCAUUUCUCUGAAUCCCACUGGUGACUGGAUUAGCUUUGGCUGCUCAGGUCUGGGCCAGCUGUUGGUUUGGGAAUGGCAGAGCGAGUCCUAUGUGUUUAAACAGCAAGGACACUUUAACAACAUGAACUCUUUGGCUUAUUCACCUGAUGGUCAGUAUCUUGCUACUGGAGGGGAUGAUGGCAAGGUGAAGGUGUGGAACACCAACAGUGGUCUCUGUUUUGUGACAUUCACCGAGCACUCCAGCGGUGUCACCGAAGUUGCCUUUACCUCCAGUGGUUUCGUGGUGGUCAGUGCCUCACUAGAUGGCACUGUUAGAGCUUUUGACCUGCACAGGUACCGGAAUUUCCGUACCAUGACGUCACCACGACCCGCCCAGUUCUCCUCUCUGGCAGUGGACGGUAGUGGGGAAUUGGUGUGUGCUGGUUCUCAGGACUCUUUUGAGAUCUUUCUGUGGUCUAUGCAGACUGGACGACUGUUAGAGGUGCUUAGUGGUCAUGAGGGUCCUGUCAGUAACUUGUGCUUCAGUCCAGUCCAGUCUGUUCUUGCUAGUGUGUCAUGGGACAAAACUGUCCGGCUAUGGGACAUGUUGGACAGCUGGCAGACCAAAGAGACGUUGCAACUCACCUCUGAUGGGCUUGCUGUAACAUAUCAUCCUAAUGGUAUGGAGUUAGCAGUUGCUUCUCUGGAUGGUGAAAUCACAUUCUGGAACCCUCAGACUGGAAGACAGACUGGCUCUAUCACUGGCCGCCAUGACCUGCAAAUGGGACGCAAAGAGUCUGAAAAGAUCACUGCUAAACAAUCUGCCAAGGGAAAGUCUUUUACCACCUUGUGCUACUCAGCGGAUGGUGAAUCGAUCCUUACAGGUGGGAAGUCAAAGUUUGUGUGCAUUUAUAACAUCAAGGAACAUCUCCUGAUGAAGAAGUUUGAGAUCUCCUGUAAUCUCUCUCUGGAUGCAAUGGAGGAAUUCCUUGACAGGCGUAAGAUGACCGAGUUUGGUAGUCUGUCUUUAGUGGAUGAAGGCACUGGGGAUGGAAACGGAGUGGAGCUCAGUCUUCCUGGAGUCAAGAAAGGUGAUAUGAGCACCCGAUGCUUUAAACCAGAGAUCAGUGUUAGCUCUCUUCGCUUCUCACCUACUGGGCGCAGUUGGGCUGCAGCAUCCACUGAAGGUUUGCUGAUCUACUCUCUUGAUGCUGCACUAGUGUUUGACCCUUAUGAUCUGGAUAUUGAUGUCACACCAACAAGUAUACGUCAGCAGAUUACCAAAAAAGAGUGGGCUUCCGCCAUCUUGCUGUCUUUUCGCCUAAAUGAAAUUCUGCUCAUUAGAGAAGUUCUGGAGGCAAUCCCUUUUGAUCAAAUUACAGUUGUAUGCAGCUCAUUGCCAGAUGUGUAUGUGGAUAAGCUUCUAAACUUUGUGGCCUCAACACUGGAAAAGUCUAACCACCUGCAGUUCUACCUUACCUGGGCUCAGUGUUUGCUCACUUUACAUGGACAGAAACUCAAGAAUCGACCUGGAUUUGUACUGCCUACUGUACAGCAGCUGCUGAAGAGCAUCCAAAGACACAGUGAUGAUCUGUCUAAACUUUGCGAUUGGAAUAUUUACAACAUUCGCUACGCUGCUGCUCUGGCUAAGCAGAGAGGACUGAAAAGAACAGCAUCUGAGAUCUACGGUGCUGAAAAAGAGGACUCAUCAGAGGCAAUGGAUUCAGAGGGUGAUGAGGAGAAUAUGACAAAUGAGCCUAUAAUGCUGGAAAAUGCCAUUCAACUUUCAGACUAAUCAUUAAUAAAGCCAGUACAUCACCUCUAAA